UUUAAUAUUAAAAUAUCCAUUAUCGUUAUACUGUCUAUAUCUCGCUCGUACAAACAGAUUAAAAAAUGACUAAAAAAUCACCCGAGCACGAGUAUAAUAACGGAGAUAACUCCGUUAAAUACAAGGGAGUAAGGAAGAGGAAAUGGGGGAAAUGGGUAUCAGAAAUCCGUCUUCCUAACAGCCGUGAAAGGAUCUGGUUAGGAUCUUAUGAUUCCCCUGAGAAAGCUGCACGUGCUUUUGACGCUGCUCAGUUUUGCCUACGUGGCAAGUCUGCUAAUUUUAAUUUCCCUGAUAAUCCUCCCGAUAUUGUCGGCGGACAAUCAAUGACACCGUCAGAAAUCCAGGCUGCUGCCGCCAGGUUUGCUAAUCUCACUGCUUCUGAUCAUCAUCAUCAUCAUCAUCCUACGAUCAGGGAUGUAUCAGAGGAGAAUCGGAUGGUGGAGGAGGACUACUACAAUUUGUCGUAUUCACCGUCAAUUUCAGACGGAACUACAAGGGUGGAAAUGUCAUUUCAUGAACAGUUAAAUGAAUUUAGUCUUACUAACACACUCGGGUCGGGUAAUUAUGCGAAUGAAUUCGGGUAUUUUGCCGGGUAUGAUGAAUUUACCACGGGUCAUUAUUUUUCAACACCACAAGAAGAUAGUUUUGAUUAUGGUGUUCAAGAGGAUACUUAUGAUGCCUCACUUUACCAACACUCCUAUCUUUGGAAUUUUUGAGUGGGGCCUAGGGGAGAAAUAUAAUUUGAACAUAUAAAAUUAAAGGGGUAAUUUUCAUUGUGAAAAUGAUGAUUUUUGGAAAUGAUUUUUUAGUUUAUAAUUUGUCUAUGUGAAAAAACUGGUCGACAAAUUUAUUUAUAUAUAAGAAUAAGAAAAUAAGAAACACAUACAACAUCUAUAGUGCAUCUAGGACACAAAAUGUCGUAUGAGACCUUUUAUAAUAUUUUCUAGCAAUUUUUGUACACGAGAAUGAAAUUUUUGUGAAGCAAUAUGGCUUCAUUAUUAUUAUACC